UUCCCCUCCUUCCCCCGCUCCCUCCCCUAGAUGGCAGGUAGUCCCCUACGUGUUAAAUAUGACAACUAGUACUUUUGACUGAGUUUAGACUCUUCCUUCCAGAGCUCCAGAAUUAGUAACAGCGACCGAAACUCUUUGGGUUCAGUGAAGACUGUGCAUAGGUUGUAGCCUUUCAGUGGAGCCGUGGAGGAAGCUGGGGAUCCCAAGAACCAAGAGGUAAGAGGGAACGUGCAAGUUUCGCCCAGCUCUGACCCACCCGCACCUUGCAAAGCCCGGCGCGCGCGCGCAGAUACAGACACGCAGACACAGACAGACAGACAGCACGCGCGCGUCUCCCAUCCCUCUAGGAGAGCCGCACUGGAUGAGGGAGGAUAACGCUGAGGAGGGCAAUGACCCAGGUGGCCCCCGCCUCCUCCUCGCGCUGCCUGCUCCCCACAGCCCUCCUUGCAGCCUGAUCCAUUUCUCAGAGCUCCCCCGCUCUUGCUUCACUCGGUUACACUCGGGGGGAGCCGAGCUGGCUUGCGGGAAACUGGCCCCUGCAACUUUUUCUGGCGCUCAGGGAGGGGGCGGGGCUUGCCGGACGAAAGUGAAGGCUAAAUCCGUACUUCCCCAGUUUCUCACGUUCUCGCCCCACAAGCUUGCGAGGGCGAAGCGGGGGGACGAGCAGGGUGUCUGGGACGCGGCUAGUUGUCGGACUGCGAAGGCUGCGGGGGCGGCGCCCACGAUCAUGGCUUCUGACCAUUCCAGUGAGGAGUCCGACUCUCCCGUGGCCUUGACUGUCGCCCGCCAGGUCGCCGGCGCCCUCCUGGGCUUGGCCUUCGCCCUGGGCGUCCCGGGCAACCUGACCGUGGUGUGGACGGUGUGCCGAAGGAUGAAGGCUCCCCCGCCCACCGUGCUGCUGAUCGUCAACCUGGCGGCGGCCGACCUGCUGGCGCUGCUGACCGUGCCCUUCUGGAUGCACGCGCUGGCCGGCUCCUGGAGCCUGGGGCCCUUCGUGUGCCAGGUCCUGGUGUGGCUGGUCAACGGGUCCAUGUACUCGGGCGUCCUGCUCAUCACGCUGCUGAGCGCCGAGCGCCUGGUGGCCCUGGUGCGCCCCUUCCACCUGCAGCGCUGGUGGCGCCGGGCCGGGGCGCGCAGGGUGCUGCUGCUUCUGUGGCUCACCGCCCUAGCCCUGGCCGUGCCCGCCUCGCUCACGGCGGACACCGACGACUGCCUCCAACGCCAGUUCUCGUCGGGCCGGCAGCUGGUGACGCUCCUUCUCCUGGAGACCUUGGCGGGCUUCGUGGGGCCCUUCACCGUCAUCGCGGUCUGUUCGGCCUGUGUCCGCAGCCGUCUGCGCCAGCUGCACCACCCUGGCAGGCACCGGGCCAGCCGGAUCGUGACCGCCGUGGUGCUGGUCUUCGCCGCGUGCUGGCUGCCCUACCACCUGGCCAACGGGGCCGCCGUGGCGGCCGAGCUGCUGGGACGCCGGGCAGAGGCCGCCGGCUGGCUGCGCUCCGCGGCCCGUGUGGGGCACAACGUCUCGGCGCCCCUGGCCUUCCUGAGCAGCUGCGUCAACCCUCUGCUGUACGCCUUCGCCGCCCGCCGGAUCGCCCGGGCGGGGGGCUUGGCUGGCCUUUUCGCCCGAAUGGUCCCCAGUUUCUACAGCGAAGGAGCCCAAAGGGGGGACAGCCAGAGUGUCAGGGAAAACACCUCGGGCCAGCCUUUGGACACCAGGAGUCCCGACUCCGCUGAGUGAGGAAGGCCCGGUUCCCCCGACACCUCCGCUCUCUCGGCCACUUCUGUAGGCGGAGGGGAGAGCUCUAGGCUCGUAAAUCUUUCAUUUCCCUCGUGGUUAAAGGCUGGGAUAGGAUUUUCCUGAAAGAGGGGGUAGUGCUGAUAUUAACCCCCAUUGUACAGAGGAGAAAAUUGAGGCGUGAAGAAUUAAAGGCCUUGAAAGUUUCAAGGCUACUAAGUGUUAAAGCUGAGAUUUGAACUCAGUGUCCUAAAUUCUCAUCGAGGCUUUUCCCAUUAUGUCACCCUGCAGAAUCCACAGAAAGGUAAAACUGGGAGACAAGGAAGGGGAAGGUCCUUAGUUCUAGGCCAUCCUAGGGACGCAGAAUCCAUAUUGCAGAGGCAAGGAAGGGGAAGAUGCUUAGUUCUAGGCCAUCCUUGGGAUGGGAGAAUUUAAUAAGGUGAGUGGGGUUGGGGACAGGGUAGAGUCGUGACCUGUUUCAAAUCCAUAUAUAUUUUUAAUUUAAUAUUUUAUUUUUACUCUGUUACAUGUAAAAAUAAUCUUAACAUUUUAAAAAAUCAUUUUGAGUUCCAAGUUCUCUCCCUCUGUCCUCUGGUCCUCUCCCAUUGAGAAAGCUAGAAAUGUAAUAUAGGUUUUACACGUGCAGUCAUCAAUAUGCAUACACUUAUUAUGAACCUAACAUUGCUAGACACUGGAAAACAGAAAGAUAAAAAGCUCCUACCUUUACAUUCUGAUGUGGGAAAAGGGAACACCAUGCUCAGACAGAUAAGUAUAAUAGGAAACAGUAAAAAAGGAAGCAAAGGAGAAAUCUAGGAUUUUGAUUAAUAAAAUGACCAACCACAAUUCCAGAAGACUAAUAAUUCUUUUUACAGAGAGAUGUUGAACUUAAGGUGCAGAAUGAGACAUAGAUUUUUGGACACAGCCAAUGAAGACAUUUAUUUUGCUUAACUAUAUAUUUUUAAAUAUAUUUUAUUUCACUAAAUAUUUUCCAAUUAAAUUAAAGAUUUUUUAAUGUUCAUUUUAAGAAAAAAUUGAGUCAGAAUUCUUUCACUCCCAUCUUUUCUCCACUCCUUGAGAAGACAGCAUUAUGUUAUCAUUUAUAUAUGUGAAGUCAAAGUAUAUAUUUUUGUUAUAAGAUUUUUCAAUUUGGGAGGAAGUAUUAUGAUUCCCUUUUCUCUCUUCUCUUUCCAAAAUGGAGAGAACAGAAAAAAAGGCCUGAAAAAAAUCACAGAAGUUUCUGAUGGAUUGGCUAAUUACAAGUUGAAGUUUAAAAGAAAAAUGACCACACAGAUUCUAUUUUGUGAUCAAUCUUCUUCUCUUCUACAAUGUUUUAGAAAUGAUGGUUUUAUAUGUAUUUGUUAAGUUCAGAUUAAAAGUCAAUAAAACUGGGCUGAAAUGAAUAGUGAAAAUAUAGGGAGAGAAAGGCUUUUCAGCUGUGGGGAAGGAGCAUAAGUAAGGUUCUUCAACAAGUGAUUUGGUAAACUGAAUUUUGCAAGAAGAGAUGGAUUCAGAAGGGCAGACUGAGGAGUAAGUGCCUUCCAGGAGUGGAGAAUGCUAAACACUACACUGGAGCAAUCUGUCUGAGAGCUUAUGGAGCAGACUGGUACAGAUUGGAAUCAUGUUCUCUUCUGUUUUUCUCUAGACUCCAGGGUAGUCCUUCAACUUCAUUCCCAGAAAUCCCAAUUUCCAGGCUGGAAGCCAUAGUACUUUGUUGUUGUUUUUCCAUCAUUGCAGUCACUUCAGACUCCUCACAACCCCACUGGAGUUUUCUUGGCAAAGAUAUUGGAAUCAUUUAUCAUUUUUUUCUCAGCUCUUUUUACAAAUAAGGAAACAGGCAAAUAGAUUUCACUUGCUCUGUGUCACACAACUAUGUUACACAAGUCUGAGAUCACACUUCAGGCCCAGGAGCAGGGGGCCAGUGGGUGGUCUGUGAGGUAAAUGGAAGAAAGAUUGGUCUGGCUGGGCUCUUACAAACUCCAGUGGUCAGUAUGAGAUCAAAGGCUUGAGAUCUUUGAUCAAUUCAAUGACUAACCAUUUCAGAGAUCUGAUAAUUAUCUAUGUUAUUUCUCUCCUGAGAAGGAAGUGAUAUGGAUUCAGAUGCAGAACAUUUUUGAACAUGGUUAACAUUGGAAUUUGUUUUGUUUGGCGAUACAUGUUUUUUUCUUCUUCUUUACAAUGGGGAGAGAGGGCAAGAAAACAAAUAAAAUAAAAUAAAAAUUAUAAAAUAAUAAAUAUAAAAAUAAAUUAUUUUAAAAUUAGAAAAUAGAAUGACCUAGCCUUCUGGACAGGAAGGGAGAUUGAUUUCCUGAACAAAAAUGGCCCUGGAAAAGCACCUAGAUGGCAUUGUAGAUAGAGCACUAGCCUUGAAAUCAGGAGGAUCUGAGUUCAAAUUCGCCCUGAGACACUUACCACUUCCUAAUUGUAUAUAAUAUAUAUAAUAUAUUGUAUAAUAGUAAUUAUAUAUAUAAUAGUGGCUUUGGAAAUUGCCUCAUAAUCAACUGUAAGUUCAAAAGUCCUCGAAUAUGAGAGUUUGAACAGAAAUAGAUAAAUUAUUCAUUCAAUGUAAAUCUAGACCUGAAUUUUAAAUUCUUUAAAUGGCCAACUAUACCCUCAGUGAAGAUGAAUUCAAUAAGUUGGGGAAGGGAAGCACUCACUGAAAAAUCUAAAAUGGCUCUCUAAGUUUAGUUCCCUUCGAGGGGGGAAGUUGAUUGAAUGAGUGCUUUCUAUAUUUUCUUUAUCUAUUUAUAGGCUCCUACAAGGUUUCAUUUUGGAAUAUUUUUUAAUGCUUUGCAUUUUAUGUAUUUUCUGUAGUUUGAAAUCAAAUUAGGACUGUACCCAAUAUCUAUUUUGUACCCUGAGUGGCUUGUACAGGUGCUAAGGUUCCCUUUUAUCUAUAUUUGGGGAAAUACAGAUAGAAGAUAUAUAGCCUAGGUAUAUUAAGAAAUUUUCUUAGAUAAAUUUUGAGAGAAGCAAUGAGCAAAACAGAAAAACUGACCUGGGCUCCCAGGUUUGGAAUUGAAUCUGUGUCAUUAUGACUUUGCAGAAUAUAGUUUCAAGAAUUCCUAAUAAGGAAAAAUUAUUAUGAUUGUCAUAAUUAUCAAAAUAAUAUGUAUAAUAAAUACACCAAUACUUUUGAUCUGCCUUUUCUGGCUUGGAAGUCAGAGUCUUACAAUGCAGCUUGAAAUAAUCAAUUCUUUUUUUUAAUAACUUUUUAUUGACAGAAAAUAAUCAAUUCUUGACAAUGCUCUCUUAUGUAUAUUAAGUGAAGUGAACCAAGAAUUAUAGAACCUGUUCCUGUCACAAAACUCAUCAUAGAAUUCUGGUUCUGUCGCCCCACCAAGCAAUAACCCCCAUGAUUUGAAACAAUCACUUAAGAAAUGUUCUGAUAAUGUUAUGGAAUAUUAUUGUUCUGUAAGGAAUGACCAGCAGGAUGAAUACAGAGAGGACUGGUGAGAUUUACAUGAACUGAUGCUGAGUGAAAUGAGCAGAACCAGGAGAUCAUUAUAUACCUCAACAGUGAUACUGUUUGAGGAUGUAUUCUGAUGGAAGUGGAUCUCUUCGAUAAAGAGAGCUAAUUCAGUUUCAAUUGAUCGAGGAUGGACAGAAGCAGCUACACCCAGAGAAAGAACACUGGGAAAUGAAUAUAAACUGCUUGCAUUUUUGUUUUUCUUCCCGGGUUAUUUAUACCUUCUGAAUUCAAUUCUCCCUGUGCAACAAGAAAACUGUUCGGUUCUGCACACAUAUAUUGUAUCUAGGAUAUACUGCAACCCAUUCAACAUGUAAAGGACUGCUUGCCAUCUGGGGGAAGGGGUGGAGGGAGGGAGGGGAAAAAUCGGAAUAGAAGUGAAUGCAAGGGAUAAUGCUGUAAAAAAUUACCCUGGCAUGCGUUCUAUCAAUAAAAAGUUAUUAAAAAAAAAAAAAGAAAAGAAAAAAAAGAAAUGUUCUGAUAGAAUUGGAGAACACCCAUAUUUUAUUGCACUCAUGGGCUUGUCAUAAAAAACCACUCAGACUCUGAAAAUGAUUGUGUUGUAGUCCACCUUCCUCCUCUCUUCCCCCAUGAUUUGUGUAUAAAAUCUCUGCCUUUUCUGCAACAAGAGAAGGUCUUCUGCUCAGAACUACCAAUUUGCAAACUGUAUUCCUCAUUCUGAAAGUGAUUCAUUAAAUUGCUAUUUGAGCUCUAAAA